UAAAAUCUUCCGAUUGUCAUUGAACGCAUCGGUAGUCCUCAGCUGUCUGGGAACUGAGCAGCUGUCAUACUUCAGUGUGUUCACCCAGCCGACGACACGUGCUGCGGCUUUUUAAGAGGCCUUUCCAGAAUGGCACGCGGGCAUCAGAAGAUUCAGUCUCAGCAGAAAAACGCCAAGAAACAGGCUGAGCUAAAGAAGGCCAAGGGUCAUGAUCAAAAGACGGCAGCUAAAGCAGCGCUAGUGUUCACCUGCCUUGUGUGCAGGUCCCAGAUGCCUGACCCAAAAACCUUCAAGCAGCACUUUGAGAGCAAGCACCCAAAAUCCCCUCUGCCGCCUGAGUUAGAAGGAGUGGAGGCGUAAUCAUUCACCCCGGGUACCAAACCAAGUUCUUCAAGGCCCUGACAGCAAUGGAUGUUUUGAUGAAACCACUAUGAAGCUGUUAUCUUCAUUAAGGCUUUAACAGGCUGGGUUGCCUUCGACACAAUGCUUCCUCCUCCCAUCCAGGCCUGUUUUUGCUUGUGUUUAAUUACACGCAGGGCUACACCCUAAUGCCUGUUUUGAUUCCAGGGCCACUCAAGACCUGUACUAUUCAGGAACAAUCCAUGUAGUGAAUGAAGAUUUCUGCCUUCAUGCUCACAGUUUCACUGACUCCUCACUGCCCAGAGUUGUUGUGCCCAUAGGAACAUGUCUUGUUGCUAGCGCUUUUAUCAAUUUAUCUGAAGAUUUGAUGGAUUGACUGUCUAUUUAAACCUUUGCAAGCAAGAUGACACGAGGUAAAUACAUAGAGUGUCUUUAAAGAAAGCCCUGUUUUGGCUUGGCUGGGAGAAUUCUGAUUUUAAAUCAGUGAAAAACAUGACCUCAUCUAUUUGUAAUGCUUUCAGUAUUAAAUCAAAACGGAGGCUAUGACUCUUCUUUUUCCUCUCACACCUGUUGCUAAAUAUGUAAUUCCUCCACGGUUUUACUGCAGUCUGUCAUCGAGCUAAUCAUCAUUUCAUUUGCAACCUGCUUCAUGAAAUUUGGGGGCUUGUCAGCAACAUGCUUGGAAAUGAAUGUAUGCAUCAAUGAUGUAUUAUAGCAUUUUAUUAAAUUUUACUUUGUUGUA